UUUACCAUUGAUCUCAGAAGGAGGGGGGGGGACCGUUAAGUCCUUAAUAUUUUAUCUGCCCUGGAGGAGUGUCGGCUCGGAUCGUCAACUAAUAAUUUCUAUUGACAUGAAUAAUAACGUGUGGCAUGUCUUGUAGGUCGUGUGUCAUUCGUCUGGACAACUUACGGACCUGGUUGAACAGUCAACUGAAACACAGUGCUUUCAAAAGUCACACUUUAAGCAAAUCUUAGUUCAAACGAGAGAUGUAGAAUAGAAAUGUAUUUUAAAACAUGUACUUUGUUGUUUCUGACUAUACCAGAAGUCUGUUGACGUAAUCACAGUUUGGGCUAUUGACAAAACGAGGCAUUACAAAAGAGGCUUCAAGUCACUUUCAGAAACAUCGACAGAUUAUAGUCACGUUUGACUAGAUCGUCAUAAGGCUUCAAUUCACUUUUUAACUAGAUCUUUAUGAGGCUUCAAUUCACUUUUUAACUAGAUCUUUAUGACGCCUCGAGUCACGUUCUCUUCAUGAGGCUUCAAGACUCGUUCAGCUAGCUCUUCGUGAGGCUUCCAGCUACGAUUACUAACACCUUCACCUUUUUAGUUGCAUAUUAAACAGGCGUCUAGCUAGAAUCACAAAUUCAAAAUAGAACACAUCGAUUAAAAGGCAGGACCAGAAGAAUGAAGCGUCUUACUUUAAAACAAGUGUAACGCCAGGUCACGCACCAAUUAAAGUGAAAGAUGCAUUCAACCUAAAACUAUGUCAACGCCGCCGUCAAUCUAUUUCGACGCAUCCUCUGCCAUUACUUCAUCUUCAGUCAAAUCUACGCCGCCUGUUAUAUCUAGUCCCAAGACCAUGUGCAGAAGAUCCGCACUUGUGCCAAAGGUGGACUCGCAGCUUGGCCGGGUGGUCGAAUUUCCAGAUUUGCCAGAAAUUCAUUCUGAAAGAAAAAUGUCAAAUGAUCGUGAUCCGCAUCCAUGGAAACAUCUAGCGACAAACCCCUCCUUCUUUGGUCAUCGUGUAACAAAACCCAGAAGACUGGAAUCGAUCAAUUUAAGAGGGUCAAAGUGCAUGAGACGUUCCUCCUUAAACAAGGCGCAUUCCAGCUCCAGCAAACGCUCCGACUCUGUCACAAACUAUUCCAGCCAUACGCCCGAUUCUCAGGAUGCCUUGACGAGCACGAGCACAGACAAACUUCUUAGGGACUCAACACCAGCAGAACCUGCCGGCAUCCGCCUCAGAACUUCGUCUUCAUUGACAGUCGAGGACCAGGAGAUGCAAUGGACUAUUGAGAAAUGUAUGAACUGGAUAGAGAAGCUUCCAGACAAAUUUUCUGGCAUGCAUAUAGUACAGGAAAGAGCCACUGUGUACAAAUGAGCCACUGUGUACAAAUGAGCCACGGUUUACAAAUGAGCCACUGUGUACAAAAGAGCCACGGUGUACGAAAGAGCCACGGUGCACAAUCAUUGCGUAACUACGUGAGACGAUGCUGAUAGAGUUAUGGUAUAAUGACAGACUAGCCUAAAGAAGUGGGAACUAGAUUGGAUGAGCCUAAUUUUGAAAAAGAGAAUUUUUGUUCGGAGUUCUUACGUUUGGCUUCUAUUUAAAAGUCUAUUCAGUGCUGGGGAAAACAAAAUGAAUUCUCAAGGAGCUCUUAUUCGGGCAGCAAUUUUUAUAUUACACUUUCGAGAAAUGUUUCGAGCCUGUCCUUGACCUACAUACAUUUGUUUAUGUCACAUUGACAGCUUCAACGUGUUUAUUUAUAUCAACAAGGCCUGUUCUGGAGCAAGGCAUGCUACAGGUUUCGGUCCGUGCAAAUGUGCAAAGCAAUUCAGACAUCAAACCAAUUUUCACUUUUACAAAACUGAAGAGUCUAGCUUGCUCUGGGGAUGUUAGGUGUCCAAACAUUUCUGUGAUAUUCUUAUAUGUCAAAUCAAGAAUGUUCUGAACUAAAGCUUGACCACAGUUUUGAGCAUUGGUACCCAGUCUCACCGUCAUCAUUUAUGUCUUCCACGGUUCAAAGAGAAAAAGAAAAAUUAAAUUUCUGACCAAAAAAAAAACGAAACAAAAUCAGGCUGCAAUUAUAUUGUGUAUUUCAGCAAUCAACCAGAUGAACUGUUAUUAUGUCAUUGUUUUGUUUUAAAGUAAUAUAUUGAUAUUGUAUGAAAAAUAUGUAUCAGCUGGCUGGGAUAAAUCAUUUCUCAUUGUUGACGAUUCCAGGAAUAUAUAAUAAUACAAUAACAAACUCAGCUAGUCAUAGCAUAAGGUGUACAUAUGAAUGUACAAAGAACUUGAAAACAUUAUCAUAAGAGUAAGAUACUGUGUGUAUAUGCGUCUUAACAAAGAUCCUAAAAUGAAUAGGUACGACAGUCUAGACACAAUGCCCUAUCAUUCUAAUUCUAAACUAAGACAUUAUUCUAUCGAUACAUAGAAAAAAAAAUCAUUCACAGCUAAUCUGUGUGGUUGUUGUUUACAUUGGAGUGUUUGGUGAAAAUCCUGACUUCAUACUAUAUUCAAAAGUUAUAUCAGUUGCUGAUAUGUAAAAUAGGUCGUUGUAGGCUACUGACUUCUCAAUCCCCUAGUAAACAUCUCUAGCAAUUAAAAAAAAUAUAAGCUACUUUACUUGCUCAAUAGACAUUUAGGGUAGAUUGUUUAAGUCGCAAAUAGCUUAGUUUUCUAUCAAGGGUUGAAUCGAAUCAUUAUUAGGGCUAGUAAUCGUCCUCUUAGUCCUAAUAGAGUUCACCCUUCAGACCUUGCAAUCUAUACGGCAGAUGAUGUAAAGAUUUCUGUGGCCCACGGUUAACGAGGGUGUCGUGUAGCCAGCACAACAACCAACCGCCUUUAUUUUUCUCCAACUAAUGUCAGGUACCCAUUAUGGCUUAGAGGACUCAAGGCUCCCAAGGAUCCCAAAAUUAAAAAAUCCCAGUCUUCUCCAGGAUUCGAACCCAGAAACUCCGAUUCGGAAGCCAAGCGCUUUAGCACUCAAACACUCUCCUACUUAGUCCAAAUAAGUAGAUGAUAUUAGUUUGAUGGUGAGAAAGUUUAAACUUGUCUUUGUCUAAACACCAGGUCUGCCUCGUCUGCCAGAGCUGCAAGCCACAUAAACCUUUGAACUUGUCACCAUGGAACACCCACAUCAAAUAUAAUCAAAAGUAAUGUAAACGCUAUGAACGAGUUAUGUCGUUAGCUGUCCCUAUAGCUAAACCAGGCAGUGUUGGCAGUAUGCUGUAGUUGUACAGAACACUGAAAGAACCCUAGUCCUACAUAGAUUGAACGUAAUGUUUCCUUUAGAGAUCUAGUGAUAAUGUAGCUCGUUAUUAAAAGCCAACAAAAUAAUCAUAAAGUCAAACUUGGAUCAUGCAGUAUGCAUUCAUUGUAGUGUGUCCUUGUGAUUAGAAAGAUCUUUAUCUUAAAGUGAUUUUCUUUUCAAAUCUUUGUUAUGUGAUUUUAUUGGACGACACACUCAACCUGAGUUUUUAAGUAUUCACGUCGACUCGACACUUCAAAGAUUUUUGGAGGUGUAAUAGGCAAAAAAUAAAUCAGUAAUGACUGAA